GACGUGGCGACGCCCCAAAUCCGGACAAACGGGCGCGGUGUCGCAGGGCCUUGACGCGCUGCAGCGCCCCAGCACCCCAAACGCCUUAUCGUGCCCAUUUGAAACCUCUCCUUGCUUCAUCUCGUGACAGCCCGACUUAUCUGUGUCCCUCUCCGGCUGCGCCAUUGGGACGCAGCGACGCCGAUAGCUGCCAUCGAGUCAGCCCGCGCGGUCUUUCGCCUGAUGCGAGCCGACCGGUCCUUUAAACUCCUCGCCUUCUCCUGCGACGCACGCUUACUCUAACACCACUACAACCACCACCACACAAUAGACACAUAUUUAAUACCGCGACCGCCCUCUUUGGCCGUCUGUCUCACUCUAGUGAUACCCACCACCAGCCCCGUCGCCCACCGCUCUUAUACCCACUCGCUCGCCGCCUUUUCGCCAACACACACACACACUCUCUCUCUGCCAGCUAUCCAACCUCAGCGUCACCUAUGCCCGCCCUCACCCACCCAGCCACCCGUUCCCCUGCCGUCCCCGAUGACGGCACGACCGGCGCAGCCCGCGCGCUCGCCGUCCUCAACGUCCCAGACGCCGUGCUGUCCGCGUCCGCGCUCAAGGACCGGCGCGAGCACGAGCGUGCGCGCCAGCGCGCGAAGAAGGCGGGCGACCGCGCAAAGGGGCGCAAGGGCCACGCCUACGCCCACGACCACGCCGACAUCCCGCACGUGAAGGCCGAGCGGGAGAAGCGCGGCGGGAGCGGUGGCGGGGGUGGCGGACUGGUGCCUGGCGCCGACGCCGAGUGGGAUGCGGCGCGCGCGGCGCCGGACGACGUGGACCUCGUGCGCGCGCAGAUCGCGUUUGGCGUGUUCGGCGCGGCGUGGGCGCGGAAGGAGGUGCGGGAGGUGCGGCUCGCGGAUCUCGUGCGGCCUGCGAAGAAGGCGCACAGGAAGCAGGGAUGCGACGCCGACUUUGAGCUCGUCCCGCACAUCCGGUCUGUCAUCGCCCUGGACGACGCGAUGGACGACGCCAGCGAGCUCGACGAGCCGUGGGAGUACGUGUCCGGCGAGAGCGAGGGCGAGGCCAGGAAGGCACCCUCGUACGCCCAGGUCGUCGCGAAGCAGGACUGAAGGCCAUUCAUUCGUCACGAUCGUUAGAGCUGGAAUCCACGGAAUAUGCCUUGUACUAAUUAUGCCCACGCCGAGGACGCUUGUUUAUGAGUAGUACGUACCGUUUUAGCAGAUAAACAGGAUAAUCAACAUGUAUUUUGCGAGAGA